AUGUGGAAUCUAAAUAUCGGUGACGUAGAAAGUCGUGCAUCUAAAGAAAAAUACAAUAAAGUGCUUGAAAAGCGUCGUCCAAAGCACGAAAAAUCCGUAAAUUCAGACGAGACAGAUAAAAGUUAUUCUUUAUGUCCGAUUUUACUUCGAUCAAAUGAACGUUCGGAUAAUAUUGAAAUGUCACAAAAUGAUGACAAUUCUAUUUUUGACGAUGAUUUCGAAGAUAUAAUUGAAGCAUUAGAUAAAAAUCAAGAAUGUAACAUUUUGGCCGACCUGUGCGACGAUUUCGAUGACUUUCAAGUUGCAGGUGCAAAAUAA